GAAAGGACCUCGUGAAUUAGAUCACAUCCAGUGAAAGGACCUCGUGAAUUAGAUCACAUCCAGUGAAAGGACCUCGUGAAUUAGAUCACAUCCAAGAGACAAAAAGACAUGAAUUUACAAGGAAUUCACAUCCAGUAUCGUACGGAGGGACGGAUGGACGGAAGUAACUUUUUCAGGCCAUAAGGAAAAAUCAAUUUGAUGGGUUAACAAUUUUCCCAAUAAGAAAGAAUCAAGUACCUCGAGUCAACAAAGUAUAAAUUCCUCUAGAUCAUUAGGACGCCAACCUUUCACUCACAAUUCCAUGCAAAACUUGCAUGGGAGGCCUGAAGAUGUUCACCGAUCAGCGACAUUUCAUCGUUAUAAAUAUAUAUCAAAAUUGUCUGGACACAGUAAUCUUAUGAUUAUACCCGACCAUAUGCUGCCGAUUGAGCUUUUCUUAUUAAUUCCUGGUAAACGAGAGUCUAAACAGAGUAGUCUCAUAACAAUAUUUUCAAUAUGGAACACAAUGAUGGGAACAUCAAUAUUAAGCAUGCCAUGGGCUCUCAGCCAGGCAGGAUUUGGUCUUGGGGUUGGUAUAAUGUUGGUGGUCGCAGCACUCUGUCUCUACACCUCAUAUCUGAUCCUCAAAGCAUCCGAACCAUAUGUUCAGCGAGGCGAAAUGGUGGAGUUUGCUGAUAUCUGUAAAAAGCACUUUGGUCACUAUGGAGAGUUGGGUGCAACAGUAUUUUCCAUAGCUGCUAUUGGUGGAGCUGCCAUUGUCUUCUGGGUUUUGAUGUCAACCUUCUUAUUCAACAGUGGAAAAUUUAUACACGAUCAUUCAAUACACGCUUAUUCGAGGAACACAUCAAACGUUACUGAAGUUCCAGUGUUGUGUCCAAAAGGCCCUAAUUCCACACCAACAUCUUCAGACCAGACGGGUUUUUAUAAGUACUGGGACAUGCAAAAGACCAUCCCAUUCUUCUUGAUCGUUCUCCUACUUCCGCUGUGUAGCAUCAAGUCUCCUACGUUUUUCACUAAGUUCAAUUCACUUGGUACGCUGGCCGUGAUGUACAUUAUCAUAUUUGUGGCCGUCAAAGCAAGUAUCUGGGGGAUACAUAUGGACUUCUCAGGACACGAUAAAAUACCAGAAUUCAAGCUUCAGUUUCCAGCUCUUGUUGGAACUCUAACCUUGGCGUAUUUCAUUCAUAAUUGUGUGUUAUCAAUUAUGCGAACCCAAAAAAAUCCAGAAAAUAAUUCACGUGACCUGAGCAUCGCGUAUUUCCUGGUCGCGUUUACAUAUAUCUUUGUCGGAGCUGUAUUUUACGCUGCUUUUCCAUUAGAAAAGUCUUGUAUUUCACAGGUGUUUCUAGACAACAUGCAGCCAGAUGAUGGCAUGGCAUUCGGUGCUCGUAUUGGUCUAUUCUUUCAGUUAAUUACCGUCUUUCCUCUGCUCACCUACAUCGUCAGGGUUCAAUUUAUGCUUUAUUUCUUUGGUAAAUCAUAUCCUGGACCGUGGCAUGUGUUGGCACUUAACAUAUUGAUCAUCAGUGCUUGUGUGGCAUUCGCCUGUUUAUAUCCUCACGUUGGUACAAUCAUAAGAUACRUUGGUUCUAUCAGUGGCUUGGCCUACAUUUUCACCUUACCUUGUCUGGUACAUUUGGUUGAUAAGAAAAACCAGGGCAAGCUAUCUUGGCCAAGAAUAUUGAUUCAUUCCUUCAUAAUGUUGUUGGGGGUACUGAAUUUAAUAUCUCAGUUCCUUAUAACUGAGUGAAUAAUAUUUUUCUCCCGUCCCUCUCCUCCCCCCAAACAAAAAUGUGGGUCCGUUUACCUUGAAGGAUUACCAAGCCUCACAUGAGGAAUGAGGCAGAAAGUAAUUGCAAUGGAACUAGUAAGAUGGUUAACGUCAAAUGACGUGGCCUUGUGUUUACCCAAUCACGGCUCCUUCCACUUUGAUGGGUUACCAAGCCUCACAUUAGAAUGAGGUAGAAAGAAAUUGCAAUGAACCUAGUAAGAUGGGUGACUUCAAAUUACGUGGCCUUGUGUUGACCAAUCAUGGUCAUCCCACUUUGAUGGGUUACCAAGCCUCACAUUAGAAUGA